AGGAGGGAGAGGAGCGGAGGCCGCGCAGGGGAGGCCUGGGCGGGCCGGGCCCGGGCUCUGGUCCCGGCCCGGGCUUCUUCCGGCUCCCCCUCCGGGCUCGGUCUGCCGGCUCCCCGAGGCGCGCACAGCUGGCCCUGCCUCGCUCCCCACGGGCCUCAGCGCCGCCUUGGCCCCCAGCGCUGCCGUUGCUGGGCUCGUUGCACACCUUGGGGCUCAGAGAGGAGCAACAACGCGCCCUCGAGCUGGGGCGGUGUUCCGCACUUCACGCAAGCCCCACCGUGCAGCCGAGCUUCAGUUUGCCCCUCCUUAAAAUGGGGAAAAGAAAGUCGCUUCGCGGGAUGUUUGUGGAUUUAGGGAACUAGUAUGUGAGAGAAUCGUUUAAUACCAACAGGUGAGCCCUGUUCUCAGAGGCAGCUGGUGCUGACCCUGUGACACAAAAGACAAAAUUGUGGGCUGAGCUGAGUCUUGGUACUGGUGGCCACCAUGUCCUUGAAGAUCCAGACAAGCAACGUAACUAACAAGAAUGACCCCAAGUCUAUCAACUCUCGGGUCUUCAUCGGAAACCUCAACACAGCUGUGGUGAAGAAGUCAGAUGUGGAGACCAUUUUCUCCAAGUAUGGCCGUGUGGCCGGCUGUUCUGUGCACAAAGGCUAUGCCUUUGUCCAGUAUGCCAACGAGCGUCAUGCCCGGGCAGCUGUGCUAGGAGAGAAUGGGCGGGUGCUGGCCGGGCAGACCCUGGAUAUCAACAUGGCUGGAGAGCCCAAGCCCAACAGACCUAAGGGGCUAAAGAGAGCGGCAUCUGCCAUAUACAGUGGCUACAGCUUUGACUAUGAUUACUACCGGGACGACUUCUACGACAGGCUCUUCGACUAUCGGGGCCGCCUGUCACCUGUGCCAGUGCCCAGGGCCGUCCCUGUGAAGCGACCCCGGGUCACAGUCCCCUUGGUCCGGCGCGUCAAAACCACCAUACCUGUCAAGCUCUUUGCCCGCUCCACAGCCAUUACUGCCAGCUCAGCCAAGAUCAAGUUAAAGAGCAGUGAGCUGCAGACCAUCAAGACAGAGCUGACACAGAUCAAGUCCAACAUCGACGCUCUGCUGGGCCGCUUGGAGCAGAUUGCUGAGGAGCAGAAGGCCAACCCAGAUGGAAAGAAGAAGGGCGAAAGCAGCAGUGGCAGUGGUGGGGGUAGUAGUGGUGGCAGCAGCCGGCCACCAGCCCCCCAAGAGGACACGGCUUCUGAGGCAGGCACGCCCCAGGGAGAAGCACAGACUCGAGACGACGGCGAUGAGGAGGGGCUGCUGACACACAGUGAGGAAGAACUGGAGCACAGCCAGGACACAGACGCGGAGGAUGGGGCCUUGCAGUAAGCAGCCUGGCAGGAGUGAUGGCCACCGGCAGGAGAAGGGCAUGCACUGUACCAGGCCUAAAGCUGGGCACCCACCCCUGGAGACUACCCCCAGCGGGUCCCAGGAGAGCUGGCAGCAGGCACCUCCUCCCCCACACAUCCCAGCCAGUGCCACAUCCUCUGCAGGUGGAGUUAUUGGCCUCCCCUUCCCAAGUGCCCUCCCUUUUGGCACUGCCCAGGCCAGAGGGCAGAGCACAGAGGUUUCCCUACACUCUACCUCCCCUCCCAGGACACUCCCAGGCUUGGGGUUUUUCUAUAGGUUUGGAGAGGGGAGGGUCACAGGGAGGGUACCCUGACAAUAAAGAGAUUGGAUCCCAA